AUGGGAUAUCGGACAGCGUAUGUCUUUGAAUCGUCGGGGAGUGUAUUCAAUCUCAUGCGGGGAGAUUUGACUAGAGGUAGGCACAUGCUCGGAGCACUGAGUUCGACUAUUCGCCGUGAUGUAAUAUUUGGGGUGCCACUGCCUAGUUUGUGGCAUUCUUUCCCAGAGCGGCGGCAGCUUCUUCUAUUUAGCACUACCAAAAGUCCUAGAUUCCGUGUCACCUGUCUCACCAUAAUGCCCUCUCACCAUCGCCUAAUUCAGAACCCUACCGCUGCCCAAGGUAGCACUCUAUGUUUCACGGUCAUGGCUGAAGUUCGGACUAUAUAUGAGGCUGCAUGGUUUCGACGUUCCUCCCGCAGGAUUCCGCGGCCGCUGCCAGCGGUAAGGCCAGAUUUGCGACCGGCCAGGCAUCUAGCAGAAUCUGAAAAUGUCUGGUACACGCUCCCGGACGUACCAUUCGACGCUGCUCUAGUGGCGCUCAUCCAAAACGCCGCCCAGGGUAUUCAUACCGGCGUGCUUCGUCUUAAUAUUCCAGUUUCGCCAGAUUUUCGCAUCAUCGACAUCACCGAAGCCAGUUGCAUCGCCUCAUCCACGAUGACCAAGGUGUUAUCACCCGGACAGGCCCUCCUCAAAUCUGAAUCUCCUCUACCUCGCCCCAAAGUCUUACCCACCAAUUGCAGCACCAGAAUAUAUACUCUUCCCCACUGGCUAGUAGAGAUGAAUGUGGUCAAGAGUAGAGACAAGCCACUCUUUUUUUUCCUGUGCGAGUCUCUCCAAUCGCAUACGCCGAACUACAUCCUUGCAAGAUGGGACUUCUUACGUCAGCGUAUGUUCACCGAAAAUGAAACCAUCGCAAUCCUAGUGCGGCGUGCAGAACAGGAACCUCGAAUACAAUGGACCGGGAUCAUGCUGGAGUUUUAUUUCCUCCUACUCGACCACACCGAAGCCCUCACCGCGACAGCACCAACGCUCGAACCCCAACUUGGCAGCCUCGAACUACAGCUGAGCGCCCUCGCCAUAGCCAUUCGCAUUGAGUACUAUCUGUUUCGUAUGACGAGAGACCAUCGAAUGUGCGGAAAGCGUGCAUACAGGCGGCAACUAUCCCAGAGCGAGCUUCCGGACUUCAUGAAAGAGCUGGACGGACUUCUUGAGCAAGAGUUGGCACGCAUGCAGGAACCUGGUAUUGGUCACUUCCAGAGCACAGAGCGUGAACUCAUCGGAGAACCUGUCAAGGUCGACUCCAUUGCUAGCCCUGCCCCUUGGGCUGCGUCGUUCUUCUGCAGUAUCUGCCAGGAUAGCCACCCAGCGGCCGAAUCUGUCAAGCCCCACAAUUGCCAGUGCAUCUUCGGUGAGAAUUGCCUUGGUCCAAUCCUCAACCGUGAUGUCCCUUUCAGUAACGCUUGCCCAAAUUGCCGCACACAGCUUCACGAACCCCUCCAAUGGUGUUCGGUUCUCACCCGCGAGCAACGAGAUUGGCGCACAAUAUUGGUUUGGAAUCUGAGGUCCAAUUUGCAGAGCCUGAAGAAGGAAAUCAACGCCGACCCGGACCCUUUCACACCCCGUGAGCGUAUUGCUGGCUGGGCCGGCCGGCUCCUUCACGGACUUUGGGGAGAAUCUGGUGGUGGGGUGAGAGUAGGUUCGGUGGUGCCGACUCCGCACUCAAUUUCUGAUACGGCCUGGAGUCUCCCUGCCAGUUUUCACAAAUUUGCAUGGAACAACUGCGAAAAAGGGUGUGGAAUUAGAAGCAUGAGUAAUAUUAUUGACCAAUACGGUUGGGGACCCGAAAAUGCAGAGUGUGUCGAUGAUAUGUCCACGGGCAUAAGUGAAGGCUGA